AUGGGACCACCAUCCUUAGACUUCAGUAGACACAGCUUAGUCAAACCUGUUGUUCUUCAUGGCAGAACUAAAAGAGAGAUCCUCACUACGAGAGAUACGAACGGUGCACAUCAUGGAGAGGUGACAAUGAAAGUUCCUAUAGACGGUAAAGAGUAUAUCCUCGACCUUCGACUGAACCACGAUCUAGUGACGGACAACCACGUCCUCAGUUAUCAAGUGAACGGCAAAACUGUGCUACAUAAACCUAAGAAAGAAGAAAUAGACUUGUGUCACUACAGUGGCUCCGUGCGUGACAAGCCGGACUCGUGGGUGGCAGUCUCGACGUGCCAUGGUGUCCAGGGCAUUGUGUUUGACGGCGAGAGAAUGAGAUAUAUCGAGCCUGUCUGGGGUGGGGACAUUACUUCCGACCACUACCUAUACGACCAUUCGGACCUUAACGAGUCUCAUCAUUGCGGUUACGUCGGAGGUGUAACGAACAACUCGCAGUAUGAUCCACAACUGUACCACAAAUACCAUAAUGUAAAGGAGCAACAGAAAAGCAGGAUUUCAAGAUAUAAAAGGUAUGCAUCAGACGACACACAAGUUAGAGGGCCAUACAACGUGAACAAACUUUCUCGGUACGUGGAGUUGGUACUAGUCGCUGACAACAGAGAAUUUAAAGCUAAUGGCGAAGACCUGCAGACUGUCUACAGACAAUUGAAGACUGUUGCUAAUAUUAUUAACUCGGUAUACGCCCCACUGAACAUCUUUAUUGCCCUUGUCGGCGUAGUCGUGUGGAACGAGCACGACCAGAUUCAGUUAGAAGAAGAUGGAGAUAGGACUUUAACGAAUUUUUUACGAUAUAGAAAGACAGUACUUCUGAAGUCUGAUGAUCUACAAAAUGACAAUGCACAAUUACUUACACGUCAGAAAUUCACAGAUGGAGUUGUUGGCAAGGCUUUGAAAGGUCCGAUAUGUACUUACGAGUUCUCCGGCGGCUUGGCUACCAACCACUCUGACGUCAUCGGCUUGGUCGCCACGACGAUAGCCCACGAGAUGGGCCACAACUUUGGCAUGGAGCAUGACACCGAUGAACUGUGCGAGUGUCCCGACAAGAAAUGUAUCAUGAGCCCUUCGAGCACGUCCGUUACCCCCAUACAUUGGUCGUCGUGCAGUUUGAACUCGUUAGCUUUGUCGUUUGAAAGAGGAAUGGACUAUUGUUUGAGAAACAAACCGAAGCGUCUAUUCGAUUCGCCGACGUGCGGCAACGGUUUCGUGGAGCCGGGCGAGCAGUGCGACUGCGGCACGCCGGCCGUGGCGGGCGCGUACAGCGCGUGCCUGGCGUGCUGCGACCCCAGCACCUGCAUGCUGCGCUCCAACGCUUCCUGCGCCGCCGGCAUGUGCUGCGAUCUACAGACGUGCCGUCCGAAGUCAGCAGGCACGCUUUGUCGUUCCGCUGACCGUGAAUGUGACUUGCCGGAGUAUUGCACAGGACACUCCGAAUAUUGUCCCGAUGACGUGUAUAAGAUGGACACCACACCUUGUGGGAAAGGAGGCCAGACUGCUUACUGCGUACGAGGUGGGUGCCGCUCGCACACAGACCAGUGUCGCCUGCUGUGGGGUACGACUGGCGAGUCCAGCCACAAUAAGUGUUAUUUCAACACCAAUGUUAAAGGAGACAAGACGGGCAACUGCGGCUACGACCGGCACAAGCAGCGCUUCGAGCCGUGCGCCCCGCGCGACGCGCUGUGCGGCACGCUGCAGUGCCGACACCUCAACGAGCGCCUCGAGUUCGGCAUGGAGUCCGCCGCCUUCCUCUCCGCCGUCUUCAUCAACGACAACGGCACUAUCAUACCAUGUCGCACUGCCAUCAUUGAUCUGGGAUUAAAUGAUGUGGAUCCAGGUUUGGUGCCAGAUGGUGCCAAAUGCGGCGAUGAAAUGAUGUGUUUGAGUCAACGAUGUGUGCCAGUAGCGUACCUCAGAGAACAAAUCGCGAAAGAAGACACUUCUGUCUGCCCCUCUAACUGUUCUGGACAUGGCGUAUGCAAUUCAGCAGGACAUUGUCAUUGCGAGCCGGGCUUCGCUCCUCCAGUAUGCGCUCUGCCGGGCCCGGGCGGCUCGUACGACUCCGGACCAGCCACCGAUCCCACCAUCCAACGAAACUUCAUGGUGGCGAUGUAUGUGAUAUUCCUGGGUAUCAUACCUUCGAUACUGUUGAUCCUGUUCCUCAUCUACUACUCGCGCCACAACGUGCUGCUCUGGUGGAAGAAGCCGCGCAAAUCUGCACCAUCGCCGAAGAAAGCAAGUCUGCAACAUCGCAUAUCCAGAAGUGCCAGCAAGUUUGCUGCUAAUUUCCAGAGUAACCCACAAAGUAACACUCAACCCAUCAACGUCCACACCGUCUCGAACCCUGAUGAUAUGAGUUCCAGUUUGCUCCGAAGUGAUUCAGACCGAAGUCCUCCAGGGAACAUAAACCCUUCUGUAAAUUUCUUCGGCAAUUUUAAAGGGUUCUCUCUUACUCCUAUAGAAAAAUCUCAAGCUGAAGAAAAAGAAAAUAAUGAAAUUCCAAUAGCCAAUAACACCAAGAAAAAUAUUUCGGACGUUAUUGCCAGUAAAAGUGCAAAAAUUACUCCAGUGCACAGAAGUGGCAGUAAUAGCCAAAAUAUUAUCUCCCAAGGUGUCCUAAAACCUGUGUUGAGAAGCGCUCCCCCACUACCCGUAGUACCUUCGACAACGAAAUCAAGUCCAAAAACGAGCCCAUCCGUAAAACGAACUAAUAGCUCCGUUCAAAACAAAAUAAAAGCGUUAAUAUCCACUGAGAAAGCUGAAGAAACAUCUCCCCCAGUUGUUGCAAAUCCACCACCUAGGCCUGUAAUAUCUAGCCCGAUUCUAGAAGCUUCCACAUGCACGGCAAAAGAACUUAUUUCGCCUCUUCAGGGUUCAAAAACUUUAGGACCUAUUAGAACGGCACCUACAAUUCCCUCUUCUCCCAACUCUUUAAAGAGGCCGUUAAGCAUGCACUCAACAGGUGUUCCCCAAAAACCUCUUCCAGAAGAACCUAAGAAGGUCAGAGAAGGGAUCUCAUUAAACCGUAUAGCAUCUUUUCUGAAGCAGGAAAAGCCGAAAGAAAAAGAACGUAACCCAGUUGAAAGGAGUCAUUCACUACCAAAGAACCCAAAUCACCAAAUUAGAGCACCCAAAGUGGAUAAGGUUGCGUUUAGAAACUUACAGAUAUCAAACCCUAUUCUUCAAAAAGAAAUUGAUCUUCCAGUAAAUACGGUAUCUGUUGUUUCUGACUCUGAAGAUGGAGAUGACCCUAAGGCUUUUGUUAAUAGAGCUCAGAGUAUGAGAGCACCAGCAUCUCAAAAACCAGUUUUACAAAGCUUUGGAUCUAUGCGCCAAGCACCAGUGGCACCGAGACCUUUAUCUGGAAUAGGACGGCCCACCGCGCCUCCUCCUCCCCUACCAAGUAAUUCAGAACCCACUCCAUCUAAUAUGCCAAAACCACACAUGGAAAGUAAGUCGGUUGAUUACGUGGACUGCAUUGAAGAGAAACAAGCGCCCCUCGCACAUAUCGCCGAAGAAUCAUCUGAUAAUAUCUACGCGGUCAUAGAAGAGAGCCCGGAGAAACAAUCUAAACCAUUGCCAGGAGUUCCACCUCCUAUGAAAACAAUACCUCAGUCACCCCCUGAGGGGUAUAACACUCCCAAACCUAUCGCUUCUAAUUCCGGAAGCUCAGAAAAUAUGGGCCUACUGGGAGAGAUUGUCAACGAAAUACAGAAUCGCAACUUCGAAUCUAUUUAUUCUGCAUCUACGCUUUCUAGGAAGAAAGAGAAAGAACGAAAAGAGAGGGAACGAAAGGAAAGAGAAAAAAAUGGAGAGAGUUACAGAGACAGUACUUACAUGAACUCAGAAUACAAGACGCCAGAGAGCGUUUACAGCAAUUCCGGAGCAAAGUCCACUGCUUCGACCACAAGCAGCGGUUAUUUGCAUCCUUCGGCCGUGAAUGUACCAACUUUCUUAAAAUCAGAUCAAAGUAAGGAAGAGGACAAAGCUCCACCUCUUCCAGGUCCGAAUUCAAAAAUACCUACAUUUUCAAGACAGGUAACUCCACCAGGACUUCGUAAUACUUCAACGUUCAGAAACGUUCCUCAGUCACCUAAAAUAACUAAAAAUAUAACACCAAAAAUAUCAAAUAGCCCGGAUGUUGUUUCUAGCUGCACAAUGCCGGAGGUAAAAAAUGUGAAACCUCCCGAUGUUAUCAAUAAUAAUAAGGUGUUAAGUGAGGCACCCAAGGUAGCGACGAAACCAUCAGUUACCGCUAAACCGAAUGACAACCGACCGCCAUUGAGGCCUGCACCAACAAUCGAUAAGAAAACUAUAAGUAAAACUCCGUCAACUCGAAAGCCAACUAAUCCGAACUCGAACGUCAAUAAAGGACAAACUGGACAAACUCCUCCCACGAACCGACCUGAUGUAGAUGUUAAGACAAUAGCGGAUAAUUUAAACAAGAAUAAACCAAAAGUAGUCCCGAAGCCUUCUUCUGCACAAAAAACAGAUAAUAAUAAACCGAUCCAGACGAGACUAACGGCCAAGCCGUCGAAUGUUGCCAGUUUACAGCAGAAAUUCGAAAAUAGAAAGUCGUUAGGCAAAGAAAUUACAGUUGCAAAAAAAUAA